CAGCAGGUCCCUUUAACUCAACUCACAUGGAACUCCUGGCCGGUUCUGCUCCGCGUGCUGGCAGUUGAAGCCUAAACGGACCAGACCGAGCUAGGGGGUUCGAAUCUGUCAGACUCUCCUUUUCGGCUUGAUAGCUUCAUACGUAUCCGACUUUUUUAAAAGAGAUUUUUUUUUUUUUUACAGCAAAUUUGGUAGCUAGCUAGCUAUAAGACCUACCCAGAGAGGCUCUCUUUACAUAUUUGACAGCUGUAACAUACUUGGGACACCGUUGGUAACCACAACACAGAAGGACAACUCGUUUAUCUAAACCGGUUAAUUAGAAAUAGUACCGCUAACGGUCACAACAGGUUAACUAAAGGUGGUAACGUUUGUUCUGAGCUGUCAAGAUGACCGAGGAACUUGAGCGAAUUCUUUUACAGCUGACACAGCCCGAUAAUGCUGCCAUUCAGCAGGCCACCGCCCAGCUGAAACAGGCUUUCAAAGACCCAGCCAUUAUACCAGCACUAUGUGCUGUCAUGAGUGGCUCCCAAAACCCUCAGAUUCGUCAGUCAGCUGCAGUGAUGCUGAGGAUGAGAGUGAAGAAACACUGGAAAAAAAUUAUCCCUAAUGAUAGAGAAAGCCUUAAGGCGGUGGUGCUGCAGGCCUUCAUGCAGGAAACAGAGCACACAGUGCAGCAUUCACUCUCCCAACUGUGCGCAGUUAUGGUCAAACAUGAAACACCAGACCGCUGGCCUGCCCUGCUGCAGUUUCUCAAUCAAUCCACCAAGAGCAGCAACCCUCAUGAACGACAGGUUGGCCUCCUGCUGCUGAAUAAGGUGAUGGAGUCCAAUCCUGAGCCUUUCAAGCCUCACUACUGCCAGCUGCUACAGCUGUUUAGUACUGUACUGCAGGACCACAACAACCCGACAGCUUUGUACUACUGCAUCCUCGCCCUUACAGCCAUUACUGCAUACACUGGCUCAGAAGAGAUGAACCUGAUGCGUUCUAUCAUCCCAAAUCUGAUUGUCGCUUUGAAACACCUCAUCAAGGCAGAUCAGGGCCAAGCCAGCGAGGCCAUGGAGGUGUUUAAUGAGCUCAUGGAGAGUGAGGUGUCCAUCAUCGUCCCUCAUGUUUCUGAGAUUGUCCGCUUCUGCUUGGAGGUGGGCAGUGACACCACACUGAGUGACUCUCUGCGGGUGAAAGCACUCUCUUGUAUUGCCUUCCUCAUCAAGCUGAAGAGCAAGACGGUGCUGAAGCAGAAGCUGCUGAACCCCAUCCUGCAGACCAUUUUCCCUGUGCUGAUUGCAGCUCCCCCACCUGGGGAGCAUGACCCAGAGGAUGAGGAGGAUGACAGCGGAGACGGCACAGACAAUGACAAUCCCAAACACUGUGCUGCUCAGAUAAUUGACACUAUGGCCCUCCAUAUGCCCCCAGAGAAACUGUUUCAACAACUGAUGCCUCUUGCCAAGACCUGCCUUGCCAGUGACAAAAAGGCUAUGAACUUGUGUGUUAGCGCCGUUUUAACUUCACCUUUUAUAUCUGUCGAUGUUAGGUUGCUGUCGUCAAUGCUGCAGACAGUGUGCCAGAGUCUCUCUGACAGUAAUCAGGUGGUGCGCAGUGCCGGCCUUUUUGCCCUGGGACAGUUCUCUGAACAUUUACAGCCUGAAGUGAGCAAGUACUGUGCAGAGUUGAUGCCUUUGUUGCUGGGUUACCUUUCGUCCUUGAACCAGGCCAAGGUUGGUCAUGUCACCAAGGCCUUUUAUGCCCUGGAGAACUUCAUGGAGAACCUAGGAGCAGAUAUUGAACCCUACCUGCCCACACUCAUGGAAACUAUGUUGUCUGCCCUUAACAACACGGAAAACCUCAAGAUAAAAGAGCUUGCUGUGUCUGCUAUAGGUGCCAUAGCCAAUGCCGCCAAGGAGCUGCUGGUUCCCUACUUCCCUCCAGUUAUUGAAAGCCUGAAGGGCUUCCUGACUACCACCACAGAGGAAAUGAGGUCUCUGCAAACUCAGUCCUUGGAUACACUCUCUGUGCUGGCCCGUACCAUUGGCAAAGAUGUCUUCAGUCCUCUUGCUGCAGAGUGUGUUCGUUUGGGCCUCAACCUCACCGACACCAUUGAUGACCCUGACUUGAGACGCUGCACGUACAGUCUCUACUCUGCUGUAUCCACAGUCAGCCCGGACUGCCUGACUCCUCACCUCCCGGCCAUUACAACAGUCAUGCUGCUCGCCCUCAAGUCCAAUGAAGGCAUUACGGCCCACAUUGAGGAGGACAAGACAUUUGUCCUGCUGGAUGAUGAUGACGAUGAUGACGAUAACGAAGGACAAAAAGAUACAGAUGAAUUUCUGGAAGAUGAGCCGGAGACAGAUAUCCAUGAUGUUGCAGGGUUCAGUGUGGAAAACGCCUACAUCGAUGAGAAGGAGGAUGCCUGUGAUGCACUGGGAGAGAUUGCAUUCAGCACUGGUGCUGCCUUCCAGCCCUUCUUGGAGUCCAGCUUUCAGCAGGUUUACGAGAUGAGAGAUUUUCCCCACGAGGAUGUCCGCAGGGCAGCAUUCGGAGCCAUGGGCCAGUUUUGUCGAGCUCAGCAUCAAGUGUGGAAGGAGAAUCCCAGCGAGACCAACCACCAGGCCCUACUGAAGUUGCUGGAUGUGGUGCUUCCCUGCUUCGUGGAAACAGUGCGAACGGAGCAUGAGCGCCAGGUUGUGAUGGGUGUUCUGGAAACCAUGAACAAUGUCAUAAAGUCGUGCAAGGAGGAGGCUUUCAAAAACCCUCAACGUCUAAAGGAGAUCAGCCAUGUCAUCCGUGAUGUGCUCAAGAAAAAGACCGUUUGUCAGGAUGGUGGUGGUGGUGAUGAAGCUGACGAUGAAGACCAACAGGCAGAGUAUGAUGCUAUGCUCCAGGAGUUUGCCGGGGAGGGAAUUCCUCUGCUGGCCUCUUCUGUGCCUGCAGACAACUUUGCCCCUUUCCUCAAUGACCUGCUGCCUCUCCUCAUGAGUAAAGCUAAAUCCACAUGCACCGUGGCUGACCGGUCCUUCUCUGUGGGUACCAUUGGAGAAAUCCUGCAGUCCCUUAUGAGCGUGUCCGGGGGCCAGGGAGUGGCAGGCCGGCUGUCCAAUCGUUUGCUUCCCGUGCUGGUGGCUGGAGUGAGGGACAGUGAUCCAGAGGUUCGCAACAACAGCGUGUUUGGACUGGGAUGUCUUGCCCAGGCAACUGGACCCAUCUGUGUAUCAGACUAUCCCAUGAUGCUGUCUGUGUUUUCCAACAUGCUGACCAAAGAGUCAGACCUCAGGGUGAUUGACAACCUGUGUGCCGCGCUCUGCAGGAUGAUCAUGAGCAAUGUGGAUGCUGUCCCUCUGGAGCAGUUGUGGUUUCUCAUCAUUGUGUGUAUUUGGUCCAUGGACUUGGACACCAAUCUUAAACAUUGUUACUUACUUAUUUUCCUUUUUCAGGUUGUGCAGCUAAUGAAGCCCAUAGUUGCUGCUUCCAGUCAUGUCCUUGGCAACAAGAAUGUUGAUGAAGAAACCCAGAACACUUUGGCCAUGCUGAUAAAACAAUUUGCCCAGCAGCACUCUGCAGACUUCCAAAAAGCUGUGACCUCACUUCCUGGAGAGCAGCAGGCCAAACUCAGUGUCGCCAUCUCUGCCUCGUAGCCCACACACAUCCUUCCACUCUUGUGUAAUAGCCAGCCAAAACCAUACAUUUUUAUACUGUAGGUAGAAAAUGGGACAGUUCUUUGUGGUGUAAAUGAUCUAAGCACUUCAAGCAUUCUACUAGUUAUUAUCACAUUUUGCAGUUAUGCCUCUAAGUAUUAACUUUUAAUUUAUUUGCUUAAACACAUGCUAUGUUGAAGUUUUAUUAUUUUAAGAGUUAUGUACUGUUUACCAUCCUGUAUUGUUAGCAUUGUAUUUUGUUUUCCUGUUAUUUCUAGAAUGUGCCACUAUGAAUUGCUACUGUCCCAUUUCUGCCACUGUUUGGACUGACUUCUGGCUUUGCUAUCUGAGUGUAAAGCAAUGAAUUUGAUCGCCUGAUAAAUGUAAUUUUUUGUUCCAA